AUGAAACCUCAUUCGAAAUAUCUUUUCAUGGGAUGUCUUUUAAUCCUGGCAAGCUUCAUUCUGGUUGCCUAUAGAUAUUCAAUACGGACUUCUCUUCAUCUUCCCACACAACAAUUAACAUGUUCAACAAACUUUGACAUGUGGCACGAUUACACAUAUCAUUUACACAAGGAUGAAAAGCUUCCUCUCCUACCUCACGAAUACGAAUACUACAGUCAGGGUAUUCUAAAUUCAGAUGAAUUACAUCAUUAUCCAUCAUUAAAAUCACUCAUUGAAAGUAAUUGUGAUGAAAAUAGAGGAAAAAGUUUAAUAGAAAUUUGGUCAACAGAUGACAACGAAUUCACACUUCUUUCCUUUGAGUUCUUGUCAAAACCAUCAAAUAGUCAUUUGAAAAGGAUAUUCUUCUCACAAUUAACGAGUGCUUUGGAUACAAGUCAAUCGAAUGGAAAGUUUAAACAUGAUUUUCAUGAGGACGAAACUAUCUAUUCGAUAAUAUUUAAUCCAACAACAAAACGAUAUGAAAUUAGUAAGAAAUUACCAACUCUAUUGGUACAUAUGGUCUUUGCACACAAUGUUGAAUUUAGAGACGAUUUCGUUUCGUAUCCAAUAGUUUCAGAGGAAUCCAGACGAAAGUAUUGUCCCAACAAUUGUCAGAACCAUUUAUGUUCUAUUUGUGAGGAAUCCACCAUAAAGAAAAACGAAAGCAAAGUCUUCUUUUCAAGACCUUGGUGUUUCAAACCAAAUUUAAAUUUCGGAAUUUUGUCAAUUGAGGAUGGAAUUUAUGAUUUUGGAGUUUCUAAUAGACACGUUACAGGAAGUUUAUUUGAUAAGAAUGGUAAUAUCCUAAUCAUGUCAACUCCACAUUCGCUCAAGUUUGAUUAUCAAGCUUCAGUUAAGUUUGAACCAAUGUUUGCAAUGGUUGGAGUUUCGUAUAAUCCAACAGCUGCUGGUCAUUUUCCAAUUGAAGUUUUACCGAGAAUAGUUUUUAUGAGUUAUUUCUUACCUCUCCAUAUUCCUAUUCUGAUGAAUGAUAUUGGAAAGAAUAGACGAAUUAUUGAAUCUUUUAAAGAGCUGGGAAUUAUACAUCCAAAGAGAAAGAUAAUUUGGGCUAGAGUGGGUCAUUAUUAUAUUGGAAAGAGAGUUUAUUUCUUACAUUCGAAGGAUGAUUACGCUGCUUUAACACCUGAUAUUGUAAUGAGAAUAGUUUCGACAAUUUAUUCGAAAUUUUUUAAAAAGUUACCAAAUCCAAUUCAACAAAAUCCUAGAGAAUAUAUUCUGGUUGUGGAUCGAUCAGAUAUUGGUAAUAGAAUGAUUACUAAUCAAGACGAAAUGAUCAACAGCUUGAAAGAGUUUACAACGCCUUUAAAUAUUGAUAUAUUCCUGUCAAAUUAG